CAAUUUCCAACCAAUUCGGACAGAAGAGCCUCAAUAUUUGUCCCCAAUCACAUCUCGAGCUGCUUCAGCCGCACCCCAACUUGCCUGGGUUGCAUGAAAGCCGGCAAAACACAGCUGCCAUCCCCGGUGUGACUGGUUCAAGGAUAGACAAGUACCAGCCUUGUCCAGGACCUCGCGAGGCUCUAGUUCUCUCUGUCUUCUUCUUCACUCCACAAGUGUUGGCUGUGUAUCUCUUUUCCCUGCUUGUUCUUCGAUCCUGCGCAUUUGUUUCUCGCCUUGUUCUGUACAAGAUUGUCCCAUCGAGACAGCAAAUACUUCAUGUGGUAUCAGCCGCGAUGAACACCCCUCAGCAUGCGGCGGCCCGCCCUCUGGGAAAGGAGCACAUCCCAAGAUAUCCCCCGAGAUUCAUCUCUAUUAGGGUCGUGCAACUGGUCUUGGGAUUGCUGGUUCUUGCCUUGGCCGCAUAUGGCAUUUCCUACGUCGCCUUUGACGGCAACUCCUUCAUUUUGGCCGUGGCCAUCAUGACACUCGUCUCGUCCAUCUACCAUCUGGUUGCGCACUGGGGCGUGCCCGCCUUGUACAACUACUGGGCGAUUCUCGGCCUCGACAUCCUCUUGGUCGUCAUGUGGCUCUGCUCCUUUGCUCUGCUGGCGGCCCGCAUCGCGGCCGUGUACGCCUAUGUGGACGACUAUUACGGCUCCUAUAGUUACUAUGGCAGUGGAUAUGGCCUAUCCUCGUCAGAAGAUGCGCUACUUAUUACCCAGGCCCUUGCUGCCGCGCUGGGUGGCGUCGAAUUCGCCCUGUACAUUGUCUCCCUCGUAAUCCACUCGAUCCGUCUGCACCGGCACCGCGCCGCAGGCCUGCACUGCAUGCCCGCGACCUCGCCGACAACCCCCUCCCGCCCCCCGGGCCCGGCGGCAGCAGCAGCGGCGCCCUACGGCGGUGUGCCCGCGCCCAUGUACCAACCACCGUUCCCCGCUCAUCAGCAUCAUCAUCAUCAACAACAACAACAACAACAACAACAACAACAACCGCUUCCGGCAUACGGACAGCAGGGGAGUUAUUACGCACAGCAGCCCGAACAAGGCUACAUGGUCCCCGUAGCGAAGCCAAUGUCGAUGCCUAUGCCAGGUCAGCAGAUGAUGAUAGCGGCCUCCCCCCAGCAGCAGCAGCAGCAACAGGUUCCACCGCACUCAGGCUUCUAUGCUCCAUCUCCGUCGCAGAGCCCGCCCCCGCCGCAGCCGAUCGUACCGCAACCCGCGGGACAGAGCCAGGCUACUACUUCGCCGGGGGCCCAGCAGCAACAGAUGCAGGGCCAGCAGGUGGAGGAGAAGGAGGAGAAACAGCUGCCGCCGCAGUUGCCGGGGGAUGAACCUUAUAGGGGUUGAUGUAAGAUAUGAGUCAGUACCUCAAGUGGGGAGGGAUGAUAAGGGGAGUAGGGGUCGGUAAAGGUAGGGUCAAACCAAACGGGGUAAGGACCAGACCAGCGAGUUCAGUCGUGUAACUAGCUUGGAUGUUAGUCCAAAUCCAUCGAACAAGAAUGAGAGUAUAUCCUGAUGUGCUGUCAUUCUACACUGGCCCGAUCUCUCCCAGGCUGGGGUC